GCUGGUCUUGUCCAGUCUCAUUGGGUACUGUAGCGAUUGUUAUAGUAUACACUAGUCCUCUAUAGGGUGCUAUACCAAUUGAUCGUCUUAUAUAGAGUGCUAUAGUAAACUCCAGGCUCAUACAGAGCGGUGAAGCUUUGUGUGGACUUGUUGUGUUUUGUACAGGCGCUACACUGAGCUAUAGUGUUCUAUAGUAAGCUGUAUUCUUGUGUACAGUGCUAUACUGAACUAUACCAAGCUAUUACUCUUCUCUAGUCUGUUUACCAAGGCGCGUCACUAAACUGUAGCGUUCUAUAGGGUGCUAUACUGAUCUCCAGUAUUCUUUACUGUUGGUUUCUGUACUGGGUGCUGGUCUUGUGUAGGGCGCUGUACUGAGCUAUAGGCUAUAGUGUGUAGUUCUGUUCUGCUCUCUGCCUCCCCCUGCCUGCGGCAUGCUGAACGACGACUAUCUGGUGGAGUGUAAGAUCGACGAGGGUGACGAAGUCAUCACCAAAUCAGCUGCCCCCGACCCCCUGCCGGCCGAGCCCCCGCCGAGAGUGGAUGAGAGGGACCCCCGCGGGAUCAACCAGCACCUCAAGGUUGAUUUCUCCGAUGUUCUCGCAGAGCCCUCCUCCUUCCACAGCUUUGACAAGGUCUGGACCUGGAGCGACAUCCUCUUCGAGGCCUCCAAGCUCUGGUGCUACCGCAUCAUCUCGUUGCUAUGCGCCAUCCCCGUCUCCGUGGUGACGGGCUUCCUCUUCGCCCUGCUCAAUUGCCUGCACAUCUGGUGCGUGUCCCCCGGUGUGCGGCUCUGCACUCUGUGUUUGCCUCCUCUCCGCUCGGUCUGGUCCAGCCUCCUCGAUGUGCUGGUCGCUCCGGCCUUUGCCAGCGUGGGGCGCUGCUGCAGCCGGGUACACCUGUCCUUCUCUAAGGAGUAACCGCCGGCAACCGCCAUGACAACCGCCGCGGCAACCACCAGUGCCAUCCCACAUGGUAUACAUUUCUUCUCUGAGUGGCCUGUGUUAACAUGAGGUUUCCACGUUUGUCGUGCAGAAAAACGAAAGAAAACAUCAGCUGUAUAAGAGAGUAUAAACAUAUUUUGACCGUUGGUCAAAAAUGUCCUGUUCUUAUGUGUAAAGAGCUGCUUUUUUGAAUUGCAUAACUUAAUUUCGCAUUUUCCAGCUGGGCAGAAAUAAUUGAGUGCAUUAUGAAAUUGUGUCAUUUGAGUGCUGUCUGUAUGAACUCUCUAUACUGUUAUCGUUUGUGGGGAAACAGGCUACUGAUUAUCUGGGUACAUCUGCAGGAUUUUCAGCCAUUAAACUUAUUGUAUUGACUAAAAACAAUAAAUAAAUACAAUUUG